UUUGUACGCGCUAUUGCAAACCCGGACAGGUCAAAUGCGCGGCAUCUUAAUUUUCCUCGCUAUUUUUAAUUUUAAAACCCGCCAGCCAUCCACGAUCCAUUCAUAAUUUUCUCACCUGUCGAACACAACUUCCCAUUCCCAUUUCCACACUCUUCUUACUGAUCUUCUCUUCUGCUACUGCUACUGCUACUGCUACUAUAUUUAUUCAAAUCUUCUCAGUAUAUAUAGUUCAUAGAAAUCUUUCACAAGAAGAAACCGAUGGGAUCAGUAGGUGAAAAUAACGGAGUACAAGACAAGUGUAAACGGAGUCUUACCAGGGGCAAACUUAAGUCUUCUUCUUCUUCUUCAUCGUCGUUCCGGCUUCGAAGCCCGAGCCUCAAUUCAAUUCGUCUUCGUCGGAUCUUCGACGUGUUCGACAGAAACCAUGACAGUUUGAUCAGCGUAGACGAACUUAGUCAAGCUCUCAAUUUGCUAGGGUUAGAUGCCGAUCAAUCGGAAAUUGAAUCCAUGGUAAGGUCAUAUAUCAAAUCCGGAAACAACGGCCUUAGAUUCGAAGAUUUCGAGGCUCUACAUCGCUCACUCGAUGAUGUUUUCUUCGGGUCAAAAUAUGAAGAAGAUAAGAUCGUGUUGGAUCAGGAUCCGGAUCAGGACGAAGUGGAUCUGAAGGAUGCGUUUAACGUGUUCGAUGAAAACGGCGACGGUUUUAUAUCGGCGAAGGAAUUACAGGCUGUACUAGAGAAACUGGGAUUGCCUGAAGGAAAUGAAAUUGAUAGAGUGGAGAUGAUGAUUUCAUCAGUUGACCAAGAUCACGAUGGCCAAGUUGAUUUCGUUGAAUUCAAGGAUAUGAUGCGCACUGUUAUUGUUCCUUCUUCUUAAUUUUAGUGAAAUUAUCGGCGACUGAUCCACCGUAGGUCAGUCGCGCGCCACCGGCUGUUUACUAAUUCCUUUUGUAUUAAUGGUUCUGCUGUUUCAUUAUCAUGUACCGGACAUAAUCAUUAUAAUCUGCAGAUUUGUCAAUUCUGUUUGAAUCUGUGAUGAUAAAUUCUUAUUCUUCAGUUCUAUAAUAGUGUAAUUAUUUUGUUUCGAUUAAAUUGAAUGAAAAUAAAAUUACGACUUGUUA